UUUUUUCCGCUCCCCCGGGGCACAUGUUCUUGGCAAUGAACAAGACCAUGUCCAACACCCCCAAUGACUGGAUGCAGUUCUACCAGCAGGACUUCCUCUCCCAGGUCGCGCCCUCCGGCCGCGCCGCCGCCGCCUCAGAGGCCGUCUCCAGCGACCGGUCACAGCCCGAGGGGGCCACCGCCGGGGCCUCCGCCUCCUCCGUCGCAGCGGCCCUCUCCGUCGCCACCCCUGGCCACCACGCCGCGGCGGCAGGGCUCGGCAACCUGGGACCUUCCGGCCACCUGAGCCCGGAGGGGGGCGUGGCGAAGCCCGUCCGGAGAAGGUCCCGGGCGUCGCGGCGGACCCCGACCACCGUGAUGAACACGGACACCACCAACUUCCGGGCCCUGGUGCAGCAGUUCACCGGCGGCCCCAGCGCGCCGUUCGGAUCCGGGCACGGGCCGGGGGGCGUGCUGAGCUUCAACAUCGGGCUCGGGCCGGGGCAGGCGGGCGUCGGCCGGCCGGGGGGCAUGGGGCCGUCGGGUUUUCACGUGCAGUACCAAGUGCAACAGCAGCCUCAUCAUCAACAGCAAUUAUUCCAACAGCAUCAGAACCAGCAGUACAUGCUCUCCCUAAACACCAGCAGUCCUGCUGAUCUCUCCCUCCAACGUCAAAGGCUGGUGAGCUCAAGAUCGUCAGGAGGAGGGGCUGCUUCCGAUGGGUUCGGCAUGGAGGGUGUCCCGUCGCACCAGGUCUCUUCCAGGCCUCCUUCCUCCUCCUCCGAUGACAACAACCGGAGCAACGACUACAUCUUCUGAGGAAAUCAAUACAGUACACGAUCGAUUCAUCGGAACGACAUCGGAAGCUGCGCUAACUCGAUGACGGGCUUCUUUCUAUUUUUUUUCUUUUUCUCUCCUCUUUUUCCAGUCUUGGUCCUCUUCAAGAAUCAUCAAAAUUAUUUAGGGUUAUUCCUCUUGUUGCUUCGAAUGAGAAUAGGGUUUUUGGCUCAUGAGGCAGCGUAGAAAGUUAGGCACUGACUUGUGUUUGGAUUCGGAGAGAGAGGUUGACUUCUUUGCAUGUACAGACUGUUUGAGUAGCCAAUGGUUUGGCUCCACCUGUUAUUGUUUUUUUUUUCUUUUUCAAUAAUUCAGCAUUUAAACUAUCAAUUUUAUCAAUGCAAUGUCAAUUAUGGUGA